AUGGAGAAGUUGGAUCCAGAGACGGCGUUUCUUGCGUCAAAACAAGAGACGGGUAACGAGUGGGAACUGUUCAAAGAAAAUGUAAGACCCUUGAAAAGAGGACGAAACGUUGGGCUCUUGAAUCAAGCCCUCAAAUCUCACACAGAUAAUCAACUCAAGAAAUCUCUUCUUGAAACCCGAAGGAAGUUUAUCGAAGCGAUUGAUGAGUAUAAAGGGGACGAUCCUCUCUUGCCAUGGAUUCAGUGUAUUAAAUGGGUUCAAGAGGCAUUCCCACCAGGAGGAGACGGCUCAGGCCUCAUACUGAUAUACGAACAAUGUGUGCGUGCCUUUUGGCAUUCUGACCGAUACAAGGAUGAUCUCCGUUAUCUCAAAGUUUGGUUAGAAUAUGCUGAAAACUGUGUUGAUGCUGAAGUUAUUUACAAUUUUCUUGAUGCAAAUGAAAUUGGCAAGUCACAUUCUGCCUAUUACCUAGCAUAUGCUUUGCAUAUGGAAUCCAAGUCUAAGAUGAAAAUUGCAAAUGACAUUUUCAAUCUUGGGAUUUCUAGGGAUGCUCAACCAAUUGAAAAGCUGAAGGAUGCCUAUAGGAAGUUUUUAAUUAGAUCAAUGAGAAAACCAAAAAUUGUGGAGGACGACUCUGGAGAAAGUCAUUUACCAGUCCGAAGCUUUGGAACCGUGCUGUCCCGGGCAGAUAAUCGGAGGCAAAAUAUGGAGAGAUCCGAACUUGCAAGGAAACAAAUGAAGCCAGACAGGACUCAAAAGAUUCCCCUUUCUAUUUUCAAAGACACAACAAAUAUUGAUACUAUGUCAGGACAUCAAUCAGGCAAGUCCAAGCCAGAGUCGAAUCCUUGGAGCACUCUUGGAGCUCGAGAAGAGAGAAACAAAGAAAAUAGUGCGCUGCCUACCAAAUGGACAACAUACAAGAUUCCACAGAGACCUGGGGGUAGAACUGGAGGGGGAAUGGAUAGAGCACGUGAUCACGAUGGCAAGUCUUCAACUUUGAAGCUGAGACGGGGGGAUGGCCUAGACAUUAAGAAGGAAACAGACCUCUUAAGGGAGAACCCAUUAAGGAAUUUUCCUUUGCGCAGCCUUCCUCGAUGA